CUUAUGUCAACUUAGUUUAAGUACAAAGAGAGCAAAAAAAAACUUUAUCAAGAGAGAGAGAGAAAGGACAUAACAGAAGACCAAAGAAAAAAAAACAGAGAAUAAAAACAAAAAAAGGAAGAGGAAGAAGAAAACGAACAAAACCCAAUAAGCAGAGAUCGGAGAUAAUUAAAAAAAAAAAGAAGCUUUCGGACAUUCAAAUCUAAACACGAACAAAGCCCACGAAGAUUUAAUCGAAGCGAAGCAGAGGAGUAUUAAGGAGACAGAGAGAGAGAUCAUUGGUUGGUUUGGUCGGAAGAAAGAAAGUUACUUCUUUUGUUCGGUUUUUUUUUUGUCAUUUGUCUGAAUUCUCUGGUCAAUCAUAGCCCAAAAAAGGUUGCUUUUUUUUUCUUCUUCUUCUGCUUACAAGCUUUGGGUCCCGCUUCUCUCAUUGCCCGCUUCCUCGUUCUCCAAUUCGAAUUUCAUCCCUUUUUAAGCGCAAUUCAGAAUCCGUUGCUCUGUUCUCAACCUCCCUCCACUGAUCUCGAUUUGCUCUCCAGCUGAGAUUCCGGUAACUCCUCAAAGUUCUAAGCUUUUCGAAAUGGGUUUUGAAAGAUAAAUGCUCUGCUCUGAUGCAGUUUCCUGUGAAGUCGGUGCGUUUUUGUCUUUCUGAGGGAUUGAUUUUGGUAAAUUUUGAGCUAGGGUUGAGAGUUAAGGUUACUUGGUGCGAGCUAGAUAGUAGAUGUUGAUCUCUGUUCUCUAGGGGUUUGGUUUUGUUGGGAGAUGAAAUCUGGAGUGGCCUGUACGUACUAAAAGGUUCUUGUAAUGCUCCUGGAUUUGAGUCUGAGAAGUUGUAAUAAGUUAAUGAGUUGGGUUUAUUGGUGUGAAGGAUAACUAGACGCUUAGAGAGGGUGCAUCUAGUAGCACUCCCUCUGACUGUUUCAUCGGUGUUUUCGAGUUUGGAAGAAGAAGUAUGCAAGGUCCUGAAGAUCCCAGGAUUGAUCUGGCUGAGCUGAAAGCGCAUAUUGUGAAGAAGGUUGGGGCUGAAAGAUCUAGAAGGUAUUUUUAUUACUUGGGAAGGUUUCUGAGUCAGAAGGUUACUAAGAGUGAGUUUGAUAAGUCAUGUCACCGUCUUUUGGGGAGGGAGAAUCUCCCUCUACACAACAUGUUGAUUCACUCCAUCUUGAGGAAUGCAUCUCUUGCUAAAUCCCCACCACCUACUACUGGUCGUCACAAAUCAUCGGUGGUUGGGAAAGAAGAUGGAGGACCUGAAGGAAGCGGAUCAUUAGUCCGUAACCGUAAUAGGAAUGAUCAUGUUUGGUCAAAUGGGGUGUUACCUCCAAAGGUGGCAACAAGAGACAGGCCUAGUCCACUUGGACCAAACGGGAAGGUCGAGAGUCUGUUGCAUCAGCCGCAUUGUAGAGAUGACAAAAGCGGUAACAGAAACAUGGAGAACGGAGGACCAUGUAGGUAUGCUGAUGAAAGAGGCGGUGCGUUACUGGAUAAAGGUAAGGUCGCAGCUCCAGUUAGCAGAGAUGAGGAAGCUCGAGAGGAGGAGCGAGGUAGAUUGGGAACUCUUUCCACAAGCCCUGUAGUUGCACCUCUAGGGAUUCCAUUUUGGGCAGCUAGUGUCGGUGGGGCCCGCAGAACAGUACCAGUUUCGACCAGGGCUAACUUCAUCGGUUGCUACGACAGUGGUGGAUUGUCAGACGCAGAGAUGCUGAGAAAGCGGAUGGAGAGUAUUGCAGUAGCACAGGGUCUUGGAGGGGUUUCACCUGAGUGUUCUAGUAUGUUAAAUAGCAUGCUGGACGUGUACCUGAAGAAACUGAUUAAAUCAUGCGUUGAUUUGUCUGGAGCUCGGUCCACGAAUGGAAACCAAAGUAAUAGUUUGCAGAUACAAACUAGCAACCAAUCAUCUGACACAACGCAAGUGUCUUUGCUUGACUUUAGAGCUGCAAUGGAGCUUAAUCCAUCCCAACUUGGGGAAAACUGGCCAUUGCUUCGGGAGAGACUUCUGAUGCGUUCGUUUGAAGAACGAGAAGAGGUGUGAAGGAGAGAAUGGUUGGGAUAUUGGAUACUGCAAAUUGUCUGAGUAAGCUUCUCUGGCCACUGGUUCUAAACCGCUGCCUCCCAUGAUGGCUGAAAGACACAUCUACGCCCUGCAGCCGCAGACUAGGGCAGGUUAGUGGUAGCUUGGCCAUCCCAGCGAGUUUCAAGCUCUGUGUAACAGGGCACGCCGCCCGGUUAGGGGAUAAAGAGAAAGUUUUGGUGGGUUUUAAGCGGGAGCAAGGUACAAACACAAUCAUGUAAUAGCUGCAGUACUGCUGUGUUCCAAUUGUAUGUAACAUAAUAGUCUUAUAUUCAUUUCUUGAAAACACUUUGACAUCACUUUUACAUUUUUUUUUACAUUUACCGAGACUAAGAAUGUAUGAUGAAAUCUUUGUUCUUCAAAUGACAUCUUUUUCUACC